GUUGAGCAUGUCCAACAUAGACUUUGAAAUAGAUAUUUGCCUCCAACUGGACAACUACCGUCUUCACUCAUCACAUUCUCCAACUCUUGAUUCUGGUCGAUCAAAUUUUAUGCAGAAGCAAAAUUCAUAAUGAAGCUGACGAGCUUACGGCCCGCUUAAAAGAGAUGAAAAAGACGGCCAACAACUCUAGUCAAAUUCGAACAAAACAGUUAAGCUGCAAUCCAGAUGAUGGCUCGGAAGCUCAACACGGUCCCGAAAUCACGCAGUUUCCCAUCUCUCCCAACUAUCUUCAAGAGUGGUUUUAAUCCAACUCUAGGUGACUACAAUCAAUGCCUUCUGUUCCUCUCUCGGACCAAAAAAUUCGGCGCAAUAAUCCUAUUAGUUUCUCAAAUGCUGUCAAACAAGCUCAAAGUGAACUCGCUAACUCAGACAAUCCUCACAAGAGCGCUUCUCCGAGACCAACAAAUUGAAUUAGCAGUUGUGUUUGCAAAGACCCAAAUUGUGAAAAGUUGCAAUAGCUAUUACCGAACUCAAAUCUUGGAUUCUCUUGUUCAGGGCCUCUCUAUGACAGAACCUGAAAAGGCACUUUCUAUUCUGCGGGAUUGUUUGAAAAUUGGUGGUAUUACGCCUUCUUCUUGUACUGUUUACUCAUUACUUUAUCGUUUGUGCUAUAGAGGAAUGAUGGAUGGGGCUACUCAGGUGUUAAAGAUGAUGAGUGAUGAGAGAAUGCAGCACUCUUUUGAUAAUUUUUUAUGCAACUAUGUGAUUUGUGCUUUUGUCACUGUUGGAAAGCCAGGACUUGCUUUAAAGUUCUAUGAUAAUGCUGUAAACUCGGGUUCUUUGAAACCUAAUGUUUUCACUUAUACUUCUCUAAUGAGUGCAUAUUAUAGAUUAGAUAGGAUUAGCGAUGGAUGGAGUUUGGUCGAAAUUAUGGGGAUAGAUGGCUUAGAACCAGAUACCGUAUUUUACAGUAAUUGGAUGUAUGGGUACUUUAGGGAAGGAAAGGUUCAUGAUGCUUUAGAAAGAUACAGAGAAAUGGUUGAGGAGGGCAUUGAAUUGGACGUAGUAAGUUAUACAAUACUUAUAGAUGGAUUUUCAAAGGAAGGGUUUGUGGAGAAAGGAGUAGGAUUCUUGUACAAGAUGAGAAAGGAUGGUUUAGAACCCAAUUUAGUCACUUAUACUGCAGUUAUGAAAGGAUUAUGCAAGAAGGGAAAAUUGGAUGAGGCACUUUCAGUGCUUAAUGUGGUUGAGAAUCUAGGGUUUGAAUUGGAUGAAUUUCCCUAUGCAAUACUUAUUGAUGGGGUGUGUAGGGAUAGUGAUUAUCACCGCGCUUUUGAGCUGCUUGAUGAAAUGGAGAAGAAGGGGGUAAAGCCUGGUGUUGUCACAUAUAAUGCUAUCAUCAAUGGAUUGUGCAAAGCAGGAAGGACAACCGAGGCUGAUGAUUUGUCUAGAGGCAUAGUAGGAGAUGUUAUCACGUACACUACAUUGUUACAUGGGUACAUUCAAGAAGGAAAUUUCAUGGGGAUAUUAGAAACUAGGAGAAGACUGCAGACAGCUGAUGUGUGUUUGGAUGUUGCCAUAUGCAAUGUGUUGAUUAGAGGAUUGUUUAUGAUGGGUUUAUUUGAGGAUGUGCGUUCUGUAUAUAAUGGAAUGCAAGGUUCAGGUUUGGAGGCAAAUAUUAUUACUUACUCCACCAUGGUUGAUGGAUAUUCCAACGCUGACCAGAUGGAUCUGGCACUUGAGAUAUUUGAUCAAUUUCGGAAGAAAGAUACUUCUUCAGCAGCAUGUCACCAUUGCAUUAUUUAUUGGCUAUGUAAAAAGGGUUUUGUUGAUGUUGCAGUUGAGGUUUUGAUGGAACUGGUAGAAAGAAAUAUUGGCUUGAGUGCCACUGUUAACAUAAUGGUCAUUAAGACUAUAUUUCGAGAUAAAGGUGCAGAAGGAGUACUGGAGUUAAUUCAAAGAUUGGAACAUGUUGUUCAUGAUAUAUAUGAUCUAAUAUGCAAUGAUGCAAUUAUUUUUCUAUGCAAGAGUGGGGCAUCAGAGGCUGCCUUCUACGGUUUAAUAAAAUUAAAGAGUAAAGGAUCAAAUGUGAAAUGCAAGACUUACUACCUAAUCCUUAAAGCACUUCUUCAUGAUGGAAAGAUUUGUAUGAGUCGGCAAGUUCUGACAAUUUUCAUAAAAAGGUACGGGAUUUUUGAUGUCAUGGUAAACAAGAUACUAGUUCAUUUCUUAUGCAUGGAUGAUGUAAACCGUGCCCUCAGCUUUCUUUCUAAGGGAUCAUUCCCUGUUGAGUUUCCUAUAGCAGUUUUAAAGACCCUGACAAAACAUGGCCAAGCUUUUAAUGCCUAUAGGCUUAUAACUGAAGCAAGAAAUAGUCUCCCUUUCAUGGACGUGGUUGAUUACUCAAUUGUGAUUGAUGGCCUUUGCAAAGGAGGUCAAAUUAUAUUGGCACUAAAUCUUUGUGAUUUUGCUAUGAGCAAGGGAGUUACUCUGAAUGUUGUAACAUACAACUCAGUUAUACAUGCGCUGUGCCGUCAGGGUUGUCUCCUUGAAGCAUUUCGGUUAUUUGAUUCCUUGGAGAAGAUUAAUAUUUAUCCUUCAGUAAUCACAUUUGGCACACUCAUUGCUACACUAUCAAGAAUGGGCCUUGUACAAGAUUGCAUGAUGUUGCUUGAGAGGAUGUUGCUCAAGAACAUUCCUUUAAAUAUCCAUAUUUAUAACUCCAUAAUUAGUGGGUAUAUUAGACUAGGUGAAAUACAGAAAGCUAUGGAUCUUUUCCGUGACGUGGAAGUAAAGGGUCUCAAACCAAAUGAAUUUACAGUCAGUGCAGUUAUUAAUGGAUGCUGCCAAAAAGGUGACAUGGAAGGAGCUCUUCAUUUGUUUGCUGAAUUUAAAGAGAAAAAAAUAUCCCCUGAUUUUGUAGGUUUUAUGUGCUUGAUUAGGGGGCUAUGUGCCAAGGGAAGGAUGGAAGAAUCUAGAUGUAUUUUAAGAGAAAUGCUUCAAAAUCAACAUGUAAUCAGUACACUUGACAGAGUUGAAGCUGAAACUCAAGCUGAGUCUGUACAAAGUUUUGUUUCUUUGUUGUGUGAACAAGGAAGCAUCCAUGAGGCUGUUAAUAUUCUUAAUGAAGUCGGAUGCAUAUAUUUUCCUCUGGAGAAGGAGUUUACUUCAUUGAAUAUAUCAGAAAAGCUAAAGGAGCCAUCUGAUAUGAAAGCUUUUGAUAGUGUUGAAUUCAAAAAAAGUACUUUAGAAAGCAAAUCAUGCGAUGAAGGGAAAUUGGAAAUAGAUUUGGGAAAUGCUGCUAGCCUAGAUACUGAUAUCUUCCAUUUGGAGAACUUUGAUACUUACUAUUCUUUGAUUGCUCUGCAUUGUUCUAAGGGGGAGUUCAGUCAAGCUAAUAUACUGGCAAGGAGUAUCAUGAGUUCUUUAUAGGAAAUCUAUGUUUAUACGAGUAACAAAAUUGUUGGUUACCUUGGUAUGGCCACAAAUUUUGGUGCUUUGUCAUUUCCAUAGACCUCAGAAGAAUAUAAUGUGGCAGAAGCAGGUAUGUUCUGUGCUCUUUUCAAAAUUUUGUCAGUUUCCUUAUCAUUUAUAAACUAUAAGUCUAUAACUGGUUUCGGAAUUAAUUUAAUAAUUGAUAAUAGGCUCUCUUGUGCUCUUUCAAGUCUAUACCUCUCGUAGUAAUUAAAUUGUUUCCCUUUAUUUUGCUGAUUUUCAUUCAUUUUCUCCGCCUUUAUCAUUAAGCUCCCAUAUCUUGGGAUUUUUAUCGUGGGCAUGGUGAUGUACAAUCAGGUGCUGAAACUCUAGUAGAGGGUACUCCCCCAUUAGUCCAUUACUUAAUAAGAGCACACUUUUACUUUGCAAGAAGAUUUAGGAAAAAUUGUGUGGUUAAGAUACAAUUAGAGGAGAGAAGCAAUAUUAACCACAUAAUGAUUUUCUUAAAAGGAAUUCGGAUAUAAUUUUGAGCCACAUGAUAAAUGAAAGAGUUAUCAUCAUCUCCCAACCACAUCUGUCACCCUUGUUUGCCACAUGAUAAAUUAAACUGCAUUAUGAACAACAAUUGAAGUUCACAAGUUACUAAAGGCUAUGUACAGAAGGUAAAUUAAAUUAAAAUUUAAAAACUUUAGAGUUUCAAAACAUAGGAGUUGUGCAUUUAUUCUUUCCAACCCAAGCCUUCCAUUUCUCUUCCACCACUGUUUAGUACCUUUUUCUUCGACUUAUAUUAGAAUCAAAUCAAUCAACAAGAAUACUACCAUUAGGACCUCUCUGAUUCUCUUUGUUUUCAUUUCCCUAGGAAAAUGAUGUAUGGUUCGGAUCAUAAGUUCUGUGCAUUCAGUUCAAGAUACUUCAAAAUGUUUAUUGGUUACCGUAACCAUCUCAAUUGAUGACAUUGGAUUUAAAACAUUGUAUUUUAGUUCUAAUCUAGGUUUUAAUAAAUACUCUUGGGUUUGAACUAAUGAGUCUUCAAAAUAUGGGAAGCCAUGGGAGGUUCGGUUUUUUAUUAUCCUUAUUUUUUUGGGUAUAUCAUAACGAGUUUUAGUUUUGAUCAGGUUUUCCGAUUUUCGAUCAUUAUGAGGUUAUCACAAAGAUGCACAUGAAAAUCCCCCAGGUUCGCUUCACACAGAGGGGAGAUGCUGCAAAAGGGAAUUUCAUUGGUUGGGUUCAUGAAGCAGAACAUCGUUGAGUUCUAGAAUCAUCUCUUAAAGAUCACAAAACAACAUUUUGUGUCAAGUUCAUGAAGCAGAACAUCGUGUGAUGGAAAAUGCAACAUUGAGAACUUACUAGAUUUAGAACCUCCUUUGCGACCUUAGUUUUGGUCAUUCCUCUCCACACACUAUGUUCUCUGAUCAUCUUGGGGCAACCUAUGAAGCAUGUUGCUUUGAAUUGAUUUUUUUCCGGUGAGAUAACGAGUCAUGGACGACUCACUUGCUGUUCAAUUCUUAAGCACCAAAGAAUCGAUUGCUGCUUUUCAAACUUCAAACCAAGCAAUAAGGGAGUGCUUAGUUCUCCUUUUGUUCCAAGCUUGGAGUCUCCAAUGAAUCCUACAUCUUGCCAGGAUGUGUUAGAUAAUACGAAGUAUUCAAUAAUUUGUUGAUAUGAUUCCUCAAUCAUCCUUACCAAUUUGUUGCUCAUUGUUGUUGUUGUUGUAUUAAUGUAAAGUCUAACCCUUUUUACUAGCUAGUUUGUUCAGCCUGUUGUACACUGUACGCAUCAUCAUAUGUAAAGCAGUCUAUAAUAAUUCCGUUUAUAUGUAUCUGAAUGUAUGCAUUUUCAGCUA